AAACUGAAGAGUCAUGAGACGAGAAGAGCUGCCCUCCAACAGAGACUGUCUGGUGACAUCACUGACCAGGACCGGAGUCAACUGCAGGGAGAGCUGGAGGAGGUGGAGGGGGAGAUCAAGAAGUGUGUCUCAGAGAUACAAAAGUGUGAGAGUGAUAUAGAUUACUAUGAGAAUCACAUUGCUGAGAGACGAGGAAGAGCAGAGAGACAGAGAAAGGAAGAAUCGAAGCUAUCAGCAAAACGGUUGUUUGAUGAGGCGAUGAAGCACGGACACGUCUCGGUCAACAUUGUCAACAUGCUUGUGUUUGGACCUGCGGGAACAGGGAAGACCAACCUCAAGCACCUGCUAACUGACAAACCCCCUCCACUACAGCGAGACAGCACUCCUUGUAUGGAAAAGCCAGUACGCAUUCGACCCGUGUCCAACACGAAAUUCAAGACAACUGGAAGAGGCUGGGAAGAGAUAUCUCAGCCAAAGAUGCUCAAUCUACUAGCUGAAAUCAUUGCCAAGUUACCAAAAGAAAGCACCGAUCACCUAGUUCGAAAAAUCACUGAUCGCUCCAUGGCAUCACGGAUUGCCAAUGGCUUGAAGAAAAUGAUGAUGGCAUUACGGAUUCCCAAGAGAAUGACCACUACCAAGCCAACUUCUGGUUCCAAAUUGAGCCCAUCGACGAACGAUUCCGAUGAACUUUCUGGCUCUGCAAGAAUGUUGGACAAAGCCAUCAAUGAAGUGAUAGCGAGUGUAGUGAGUGGUGUGGCAGAAGAGCUGCCAGCCACACAGGGAACUGACCAACUGUCAAGCAGUGACCAGCAAGAAGGAGAACUGUUUGAUUCCAACUGGGUGUAUGUUACCGACUGCGGCGGCCAGCCGCAAUUCCACGACGUCAGCCCUCUCUUCAUCAAGCACAUUUCGGUGGCGUUGAUAGUCCUGCGUUUGAUUGACGAACUCUCCAGUUUCCCUUCUGACGAGUACUACAAGGAUGGGCAGCUUGUUGGUAGUCCUCACGCAUCUCACAUGACCCUCGGGGAGACACUUCAGAGUCUGAUUCGAUCCAUUGAGUCCCAUACCUCACAAGAUAAGAAGCCGAAGAUGAUCUUUGUGGGCACAUUCUUUGAUCAGCUGAAGAGCUCGAAUACACUUAUCGAGAGGAAUAAAGAGAUUCUCGACAUGCUGCCACCCGAUAUCAAGAAGCUAUUGGUGUACGAAAAUCUUGGAUUGAACAAUCUGAUUUUUGGUCUCAACACAAUCAGCCGAGAAGAAGAUUCACUGGCCACUGCCAAUAGGAUUAGAAUUGCUAUUGAGCGCUCUAUUCCGUUACAAGUCAAAAUGCCCAUCUGGUGGUCCUUCUUGGAUUCACUUCUCCAGAGUUUGUCUGCCAGUCUCGAGCGAGGUGUACUAAGCAUUGAAGAAUGUCUCCAAUUAGCCACUCGAUUUGGUUAUUUGCUCAAAGAUCUUGAAGCUGCUCUGGUCUUCUUUGACAGCGUGUGUAUAGCGCACUACUAUCCCUCCAUUCUCCCCAACACAGUGUUUGUGGAUGCCCAGAUUCCACUAGACAAGAUCACCGAGCUCUCACAGCACGCCAUCUUCCUGAGGAAUGCACACUCUACUGUUAGCCCAGGAGGGACAGAUGCCGAAUGGAAGAGAUUUCGAGACGAGGGCAUAAUCACUUUAAAGUUUCUACGAUUCUUCAAUAAGUAUUACGUUGAAGGCAUCUUUUCUCCAGAAGAUAUGCUGUUGAUCAUGAAAGAUCUUCUUGUGAUUGCUCCCAUUCCUCUAGUGGAAGCCACUCCCCACCAAGCCGAGUUCUUCAUGCCAUCUCUACUCACAUCGAUCAAACCUGCUGAGCUAGACAAGAUUCGUUCUUCCUUCACAACAUCACCCCUCGCUGUCUACUUUCGUAGUGGGUGUAUUCGCUCUGGAGUCUUUUGCUGUCUAGUUGUGGACGUGAUCAAGAGGCUGGGCUGGAAAGUGUUGCUUCCUUCAGGGGAAGCAAGCAUUUUAGCUAAAAAUUGUAUCCAGCUAGAAAUCCCCAAUCUCCCGUGCACCGUGGCUCUGAUCGACUCCUUCUCGUAUCUUGAAGUGUAUAUCGAUGUGCUUUUUGCUCUUCGCAAACAAGUAUGCCCUACAAUUCGAAACGAAAUUUUGAUCAGCAUUAAAUCAUCGUUGGAAAUGUUGCAUUACAACAACGACACACCCGAGACAGCCAUCUUUUGCCCAUGCAGCAAGAAAAGCACUGGAAGCAAAUUGCACCUUGCCGAUGUCAGUGAACGGAAUGGCUGUAAGUUUUGGAAGUGUUCCCUUCAGACACGUGUGUGGGGAAAGCUCAGUGAUGAAGAUAGAAUCUGGUUUGACGAUAGCGAAGGUUCUGGUGAAUCAUCCUCUGCUACGAGAGGUACUUGUACGAAGACUGAGAGAAAUAGUGAUCAGCAGCAAUACUCCGGUGAAUUGUCCUCUGUUACAGUAAUGGAAGAUGUGUGUAAGAAGACUGGAGUGAGGGACCAACAACUAGAUCAAGAAAUCCCUGAGAGUGACAUCAUUCUAAUCGCGGAUAAAUUUCCACACCUGCUGAGCGUGCACAAGGCUUUGACAAUUGACGAUCUGCAACAUGUUUACGAGAAACUACACACUGCACAUGCAAGUGCCAGCCCUCACUGGUUCAAUCUGGGAUUGGCUCUGGGUCUCAGUCAUCCUGUUCUCACCAAUAUCAAUAGUGAUAAUCGUGAAAAGAAUUUGUUGUGCUUUCGUGAAAUGUUGGCUGAACUCCUGAGUACACAACAUGUAACAUGGAGUCUCCUGUCAGACGCUCUCAAAAAGCCCACAGUGGAUCUCAUUAAUUUGGCUGAUAGCAUCACAGUCAAUCAAUCCACAACUCCUAACCUGCUCGAUCGACUCAACCUCACCCCAGCCGACCUCGGUGAUGUAACUGAAGUCACACGUCGUUAUGGCAAUCAAGCUGGAGUGGCUCAUGCAUUGGGAGCGUGGCGAAGAGUGAAUCCUUCCAGAGCUACCUUCAGGGCCUUGGUGGAAAUUGCUAUAGAACUGAGAAGAGGAGACACUGCUACAGACAUUUGUAGAUUUAUUGUAGACAAUACAAGUGGAACUGACCGAAACUGAUUUAUAUACCUAAUGUUUUUAUUGAUACUAUUUUGUCUGUAAUGCUUUGCUUUUCUGAACACAUUAUUUGUAGUCUCUGUAAGAAGUUGAACUGCAUGCAAAGUAUGAAAAUUUAGCAACGCCCA